ACAAUGGAAAAUGAUGCAAAGCUAAGCAUAUACAGAGCAGCAAGGACGAUAAAACGCAAAGACAACUCUCUCUACAACGCACUUAGACCAAUUUACGACGACUCAAUCUUCAUCGGUGAAGUCUCACAGCUAUGGCCUCAGCUCCCUCUCGUCGCCAACCUCCGUUGCGGUCUCUGGUAUUCUCCCAAAUUUCACUUCACUUGUUACUUCAAAUCCACCGACGGUCAUACCAAUAAUUGGUAUUUCAAUACCUCCCGUCUCAACUUCCACAUCGCCCCUCUCGCUGGUCAGAAGGGAGGGUGCUUUAUAGUUGAUUCGACGCGGAGGGGGAAGCGGUUUCCUGAUGGAUUCAGAUACAGGCGCUAUUCUGUUGAUUGGGAUUGUUCAUUGCACCUUCCCCUUUGGGUUUCUGAUAUGGAGAAGGCAGCAAUCGAGGACCGGUUAGAAGGAUGGACCAAAGACCUGGAAGCAAGUGGAGCUGAUAUUGCAACUUUUGCAUCGUGCUUGUUGCGGCCUUUAUGGAUUUCUCAGAGAACUGUCAUCUGGAUAAAUGAAGUGCCGGAUUAUGAUUCUUGGGAUUUCACGCCGAUAAUUCUCGUUUCCACCUCUUCCCCGAGCGGAGUAACUCAACACAGGAUGACUUCAGAGUUUAGCUGGAAUUAUAUACCAGGAGUUGGAGAUGAUGAAGAAAGUUGGGCUAGGGGAUUGUCUCCUAAGCUCUUCUGGAACCAUCCUUAUGAUCUUAUUAGUGCAGGACCAGAUUCGUGUAACCAGAAAGUUGCUGAUAUAGUUGAAAAGGAUAGAGUAUAUCGAGCUCAAAGGGGGCAGAAUGCUCCUCAGACCACUGCCAAACCCUCAGUCUCUGGGGGCUCACCCAAUCUUCCUUGUUUAGAGCCCCAAUUGUGUUCAGAUAUUUUUAGAGCCUCUAUUCCUAGCAGUAGUUUUUUGUGUAAUUUUCAUGUUACUUAUACAUUGUUUCGAUUAUGUUGUGCAGCUGAACAUGCAUCUAAUGUUGACUGCAUAUUGAAUUGUGAUCAAUGGCCAAUCUCUGUCCAUCAUCAAAAGGCUGGAGCGCAUCUGUUUCUUCCUAUUGUGAAUUCAAAGAUGGGUCGGUUUUCUUUGUUUGAUAACCUUUCUUCUGCGGUUACCUUUGCACACUCAAAUCUUACAAAAGGAAGAACACUUCUUAUAUGUUGCCACGAUGGGGAAGAUAUCAGUGUAUGCUUUUGUCUGGCGUUCUUGAUAUCAUUGUUUGACGAUGAAGGUUCUUUUGAUGGUGGCGAGACAGGUAUCACAAAAUAUGAGAUGCGGCGACGACUCGUAUAUAUUUGUAAAUUUGCAAUAAAAGCCCGGCCAUCCAGGGGAAACCUCAAACAAGUUUUCGGUUUUCUUAGUAACGGAAAAUCCACCUAGUUUGGAGACAUUUGUUCACCACUUUAUAGUGAAAUGGUGCUGGCUCCCGGAAUUAUUACCCAAAUACAGCGCUAUGGAGAGCACAAGGAUCUUUGGUGAAGGCUAAAUUUUGCACCCUAUUUUAUUUCAUAUUCGUAUGUUUAAUAAUUUAACUAAUCUUUAGAAUUAGAAAUGACUGAUUGUGGUCGGAAUUAUGAAUGACUUUGAUAUUGAU